GACACUGGAGCCAGAAGCGGUGCUUUUAAGGAAGAAAAACAUGACCUCUGUGCUGGCAGUGAGAGAGAAGUCCUGGAUGGUUUUCUUCAUUGGGACGUCAGAUGGACAGCUCAUUAAGCUUGCUGUGGACAAGAACUAUCACACCACCUGUCCCAGGGUGCUCUACAGGGCCGAUGUCGACCGCAAAAUAUUUCCCAAGAUGCAACUGGAUCAAGCGGAUCAUAAACAUGUGUACGUGCCAUUCAAAAACCAAAUCAAGCGUGUGCCUGUGUCGCAGUGCGGCACAUAUCUAAAUGUGCAGGACUGUUGGUCUGCACAGGAUCCAUACUGUGUCUGGUGCGGCUCUACAAGUUGCACAUUUGAAGAUGACUGCCAAGGUUCAGACUGGUUAUCCAUCGCUGAUGAUUUUCAACAGGAAAUGGUUUCCUACAAAGUUUUAAAGAACAGCACUGGCCAGGUCACACUUAGCAUCCAGACACACCUGACUGUGGGCGAGGAGGCGCUGUCUAACUUCGCCUGUCAUUUCUCCACAAGUUCCAGCGAGCUUUGUAGCAGGGAAAGCCCUCGUUCACUGUUUCCAGAAUGCACCUGCAUCCUUUCAAAUAGCAUACUUCCUGCUGAAGGCCUGCGUGUUGUACUGAAGCUUAGACUUGGGACGACACACUUGUCCAAGGAACUGAAGCUAUCAAACUGCUCUGACAUCAAGGGAGAGCCAACUUCUGUCCUGUGUCGGCAGUGUAUCAAGACUGGAUGUGGCUGGAGCACAAGUGGCUGUUCCUUUGCAAAUCAAGGGGUGGGAAAUGACAGUGUUUGCCAAAAGCUGGAGUCAGGGAUUAACUUUUCUAGACCAGAGAUCUCCUCCAUCACUCCCAAUGAGGUGUCUUUCUACGGCAGAAACCAUGUGGUGUUGUCGGGUUAUAACCUUAGUGAUGUGACCAGAGUGAGGAUCCAGGCAGACAUGGACUGCUCUCCACAGGAAUCUCCUGUAUGGAACAACACUGGUGUGAAACUGACGUUCCGCAUUCCCAGUGCCGACAGUAAAGGCUUGUUCAAAGUAUGUGUGGUCCUCCCAGACGGUAGUUGCCACGGCAACACUACAAUCGACUACAUGUCGUCCCCAUCCUGCACAAAUAUUACGCCAAGCAUCACCUGGAUCAGUGGGAAGAGGAAUAUCACACUCAUAGGAUCCCACCUGCAGUUUGUGGAAAGGGUUGUACACAGCCACGACCACCUGCAGGAAGUCAGAGUAAACACAUUCUAUAAGAAUUUUAGCUACAAUGCACCUGCAGCUGAAAAAGAGAUGUCUGACAUCACUGUGUUCCUGAAAGUAGCCAAUAAAACCUUGACCUGCUCCAAAACAAUAACCUACUAUCCAGACCCCGAGUUCACUAGCUUCUCAUCCACGAUGACAGGGGACGAUGUGCGCGUUACUAUACAGAAAAAGGCAGAUAAAUUGGAGAUGACUCCAGCAGAGUUGUUGGUGUGGGGUGUUCAGGAAAGUAUACAAUACCCCUGUAUAGUGGAUGCCAUGGAAACCAGUAACGACUUUUUCGUCUGUCACAUUAAAAGUACACCCAACGCCAAAUUUCAGCAGUUAAUGAUAAAGUAUGGAGACACGACAGUAACACUGAACGCUAGGUCUUUAUUACAUCUGUACCUGAUGCUACUUAUCCUUCUGCUGAUACCCUGCAUUAUUGUUGCGGUGGUGAUCAUCAACCGAAACCAACAAAAGAAGCUCACUUCUAAGAUGAACCAGCAUAUGGAAGACCUGGAGCUUGACAUCAGGAAUGACAUUAGACAAGGUUUUGUGGAUCUGCAGACAGAGAAAACUGACCUGAUGGAAAAUGUUGGAGCGAUUCCUUUCCUGGACUACAAGCACUUUGCCUCCAGAAUCUUUUUUCCUGAGAGUGAGUCAUUGAUGACAUCGUGUAUCAAAGACAUUGGUCAGGAUGUGGUGAAGGUUCAUCUGGACGACUGUUGCCAAGGCUUGUCCAGGCUGCUCCAAGACCAGCUCUUCCUCACAUCUAUGGUGAACGCUCUGGAGGAACAGAAGAGCUUCACCAUCAAAGACAAAUGUGCGUUGGCGUCAUUACUGACCAUAGCACUCCACAACAACUUGUCGUACCUGACGGAGGUAAUGGAGGCUCUGCUUUGGGCUCUGAUGCAGCGGAACAGCAACGCUCAGCCCAAACUCCUGCUACGACGCACUGAGUCUACCGUGGAAAAACUGCUGACCAACUGGAUGUCCAUCUGCCUAUAUGGCUUCCUCCGGGAAACUGUUGGUCAGCAUCUGUUCCUGAUGGUGAGCGCUAUCACGCAGCAGACCGCAAAAGGACCUGUGGACUGUGUGACAGAGAAAGCUCUGUACACGCUCAGCGAGGACUGGCUGCUGUGGCAGGCUCAAGACUUCAGCUCCCUGAAGCUGAAGGUGUUGUUUGCAGUGGGCAGUGAAGGAGAGGUGAGCGAGCCUCUGGAGGUUAACGCUCUCAGCUGUGACUCAAUAGAGCAAGUGAAAGAAAAAAUCCUGUCCACUUUCAAUGCCAAGUUUGGUUUCCCCUACAACAACCUUGUCAGGGACUUCCAUGUCGAGUAUGAAAAAGAUGGAUCGUUUCUUCCUCUUGAGGAAGUGGAUGCGAGCUCUGUAGUUAUCGGGGAGGUGACGAUGCUUAACACACUCAAGCACUACAAGGUUCCUGAUGGAACAACAAUUAAAGUGCUUUCUAAGAAAACGCAUCCUCCUCUGAGCCCGCAGGGAAGUCUGAAGGAUGAUGAGAACUUCUCUGGAAAAUACUUCCACUUGAUUGAUCCUGAUGUAGAGGAGGACCAAAGAAAAAACCCAGAGAGGAAGAAGUUAAAAUUGAAGGAAGUGCACCUCACGAAACUGCUCUCCACCAAGGUGGCAUUGCAUUCAUUUGUGGAGAACCUGUUCAAAUCUAUCUGGGGGACGCCGAACUGCAGAGCCCUGCAUGCUAUCAAAUACUUUUUUGACUUCCUGGACGCUCAGGCCGACAACAUGAAGAUCACCGACCCAGACGUCCUGCACAUCUGGAAGACCAACAGUUUGCCUCUGCGCUUCUGGGUCAACAUCCUGAAGAACCCCCAGUUUGUUUUCGAUAUGAAGAAGACUCCACAGUUGGAUAGCUGCCUCACCGUCAUCGCUCAGGCCUUCAUGGACUCCUUCUCCCUCAGUGAGACCCAGCUAGGAAAGCAUGCACCAACCAACAAGCUCCUCUACGCCAAAGACAUUCCAAAGUUCAAACGGGAAGUAAAGGCCUACUACAAACAGAUCAGAGAGCAGCCACCGAUCACAGACUCAGAAUUCAAGGAGUUCCUGCGCGAAGAGUCAAAGAAACACGAAAGCGAGUUCAACGAAACCGUAGCCCUCAGAGAGCUUUACAAAUUCAUACAGCGGUACUUCAAAGAGAUCGAUGAGAAGCUGGACCAAAACGGAGCCCCUGCUGAGCUGAAGGAGCAACUACAUCAUCUUAAAAACUCCUUUGACGGACUAAAAGGCUGCACCUGGAACUGAACCGCUAUCCUUUUCCUGCCCCGACGUGACAAAAAACACUCGGAAUUCUGGGAAGUUUUUUGCCAUUUAAAAAAAAUCAACUUUUGAAGAUACUGAAGUGAGAAAAAAAAUAAAUAAAAAAAAGGGGAACAUUUUUACUGAAAGCAGAUUGGUGACGAACACAUCUGUUGACCGGUUGUGUCAAUGUGAAGGUUUUGUUCUACGAUGCAGGUAAUCGACUUGUGUAUGUGUGCGUGUGAUCUCGAGUCAUUUUGAAUUAAAGUCAAAAUCACAGAAAAAAAAGAAGUGUUUAUUUUUUUAAAUCAAUAGUUUCAAUGCAAUACAAUUAAACUUGUUGGAAUUGACAUAAAAAAAAAAAUGUGUAUAUACAUUGUGCAAUUCACAGCUUGUAAGUGCCUUUUUUAUUUACUCCUCUGUAUAAACUUUGCAUUUUUUCCAACAGUGGCUUCAGAGCAAACGUGUGUAAAUAACAAACAUCUCAAUACAAAAAUCAAACCCUGAGGAUGUCAUGGUCAAUUAAAAUGAAAAUAUGUUAUUUUAUAAAAAUAAAAAAAUGAAAAGGUGCCGCUGUAACAGCAGACACAUCAACGCUGGCAAAAUCCAUUCUCAAUUGUCAAUUUUUAUGGAAAUAAGUCAAUAAAUAAUGCUUCCACAUUAUUAACACUGCUGGUAUGCUUGAUGUGACAAACAGAACACCGUCUCACUCUGUAUUGCAAAUGCAAGUCCAAAAAAGGAAGUAGUGAUGGGGUUCAGAGGUCAGGCUGGGGAGAAGUCACCCUGUCCCUCUGCACCAGAGAUCCCAGUUCCUCCAGCUGCUGCUGCUGGGCGCUUUCCAGGUCCUCCAGCCUGCGACGGAGCAGCGACAGCUCCCUCUGAUGAGUUUCCUCCUGCGGCGGCGUGGAAGGAAAACAAGCUAAUGUUACAAACGCUCUUUUCACUAGCUGCAUUAAUUAACCGAUGUGUCAUCCCUAUUUAUAUCUAUCAAACCGAUGUGUUUGUGUUCUUGUAAAUAAUGUUGUGCUCUUCGAAACAAUUGAAUUAAAGUCUCUUACUUUUGCACCGAA